AGUGGAGAUGGAUUGGAUUAUUCUUAAGGGUGUUGAAUAAAGUUGAUUUUAUUAUUAAGAUUAUAAAAUGGAAAGAGAAGAAAGGUUCUUGGAGAUUUGCAAAGGGAUUCGAAGUUUGGAUGGGGAGAGUGUGAAUUCAACGAUUGAAUUCAUAGAGACUCCAUGUGCUAAGGAGUAGAGGGAUAUAGUGAGGAAAUUGUUGAGGAAGGGAUAUAGCAAUGCUGAAAUUUAUUCUGAGGUGAAUAGAGUAUUUGGAACGCAUUCGAUUUUGAAAGUGUAUUGUUGGGAUGUAUAGGACCCUAAGAAGUAUUUGGGAAUGGGUAUUGUGGGAUUGAGUCUUGGUUUUGGGAUUGCAAUUUUGAGGAAAGCAAUAAGGAAAUGAUAAAAAUAUUAUCAGAUAUAAAUUAU